GUAUUCCCUAACGCAACACAUUGUCUAUGUACAUAUCACAUAUCAAAUAAUUUGAAGAUGCAUUUUAAGACAGAAACUCAGUUGGUAAAGGACGCUUUUCAUGCAGCGGCAAGAGCAUAUACAGUCGAGGAGUUUGAUAGAUAUAUGUCAGAGAUAAGGAAGUUAGAUCCUAGUGUGGUAACAUUUUUGGUAAAACUUGGAGUACACAAGUGGGCAAGAGCUCAUUGUCGGAGUAACAGGUACUUCACCAUGACUUCUAAUGCUGCUGAAACAAUUAAUUCUGCGAUAAGGUCAUUGAGGGAGCUCCCGAUUACAACAUUGUUAGAGGCACUUAGAGACAUGCAACAACGUUGGAGUGCGGCGAAUAGAGAUGAAGCGAAGUCCACAUUCACUGCGCUUGCCAAGAAACCUCAUAGUAUGUUGGAAAAUAACUACAAGAUAGCCACAAGAUUCUAU